CGGGCAUCCGAUAUUAUUCUAUGAGAUUGAUGCUGUGCUGGAAACUCAUCGAGGAGCUUUGGCAGGCGCUUGUUCAAUAUACCGCUUGAUAGUGGAAGUGCGGAAGGAUUCUUCAUACACCUUUUUUUUAUGUUCUCAUAUAUAAUCCACUACAGGCUGUGUUUGCGACUGUCUAUCCACGUCUGACCCCUCUUCUCUUCUGUCCGUGUUACUACGCUGCUACAAAUCAACAUCCUAUCUACAUCCCCAGCUCUCAAUCGGGUUCCUGAGCAGCUGGCUCCCAAGACGCGAACAUCCGGAAUAUUGCUGAUAACCUACAUAACCCUCCGGGCGGAUAUCUUGAGCCAUGACUGACGACGAGGGCGCAUCUCCCCGCGAAUUGGUGGUAGAGGCCUGCCGGCGGGACCAACCUCACCUUAUCGAACAAGUGCUCCGAGACAUGGAAGGGAAGAAGGAUGAAGAGGUAGCGGAAUUCUUCAAUUCCGUAACAGAUUCAUUAGGCAACUAUGCGCUGCAUAUCUGUGCCAUGUAUGGGAGCUACGACGUCAUGGACUACUUGUUUGACAUUCAGCACUUCGAAUGCGACCCCCUUACACGUGUCGAUAGAGAUACCCCCCUUCACACUGCUGUGCGCUAUGCCAACGAGAAGGAUCCCACUUUAGGUCUGGAGAUGGUCAAGAUGAUGUGCGAGGCCGGAUGUGACCCACGCGUCAAGAACAAGCAUGGCCAAAAGCCCAUCGAUCUUGUCUAUCAAAAUAAGGACCUCAAGGCGGCUCUGCAGCAGGUGGAAUAUAUUCUAACAGAGGGCGUGAGGGUUGAUGCGGAGGAAGGAUCGGAUGGUAGCGCCAGUGACAGCGACUAAGUUUUCGAUAUAGAGAUCAAUCAGUAAAACAGCAGGAGAAGCGUCAUUCCGUCGGAGCUUAUUUCGCGUUUCAACACUGCUGUUCCCUUUUCUUUUCCAUACCAGUGAGUAGAUAUAUGGUAUUGACUGAUGAUGCUUCUUUGGACUUUCUGAAUAGAAAGCACUCUUGUAGGUUCUACAUGUCGAGGAUGUCCUAUGAAUAGAAGCCAGCUAUCAUGGAUACUACUUCUUGGCAAUACUGCCAGAUCUGGAUGGACUCCAGCUAUUAUCAUUGUACAAUAGGCCCGA